GGGUCCUUCCUCCCAACGAACUGCAGGAAUACUAUUAAUUUCAUCUCAUUUAUUCUUCAUUUGUUUCCCACCGAAGUGAUGUCUGUCGCGGGGCUGAAGAAGCAGUUCCAUAAAGCCACCCAGAAAGUCAGUGAGAAGGUCGGGGGGGCCGAAGGAACAAAGCUAGAUGAAGACUUCAAAGAAAUGGAAAAGAAGGUGGACGUCACCAGCAGAGCCGUGUUGGACAUCAUGACGAAAACUACAGAAUACCUGCAGCCAAACCCAGCGUCCCGGGCGAAGUUGAGUAUGAUCAGCACGAUGUCUAAGAUGCGCGGGCAGGAGAAGGGUCCGGGCUACCCGCAGGCGGAGAGCGUUCUGGGGGACGCCAUGCUGCGCUUCGGACGAGAGCUGGGGGACGAGUCCAGCUUCGGCCUGGCUCUGAUGGACGCCAGCGAGGCGAUGAAGGAGCUCGGCGAGGUGAAGGACGCUCUGGAUAUCGAGGUCAAACAGAACUUCAUCGACCCGCUGCAGAACCUCUACGACAAGGACCUCAAGGAGAUCCAGCACCACCUGAAGAAGAUGGAGGGCCGCCGCCUGGACUUCGACUAUAAGAAGAAGCGUCAGGGGAAGGUUCAGGACGAGGAGAUCAAACAGGCGCUGGAGAAGUUCGACGAGAGCAAAGAGAUCGCCGAGCAGAGCAUGUUCAACCUGCUGGAGAGCGACAUAGAGCAGGUGAGUCAGCUGGCAGCGUUGGUUUCGGCUCAGCUGGAGUUCCACAGUCGUUCUGCACAGAUCCUGCAGCAGCUCUCCAGCAAGAUGGAGGACAGGAUAAAGCAAGUGUCCACCAAACCGAGGAAGGAGUACAUUCCCAAACCCCGGACGACUCUGGAGCUGCUGCCGCCCACAGAGAGCCUCAACGGGGGGAUAAACUCUGCCAAAUCCCCCGGGAGAUCACCAGCCCCGUUGGACCAGCCCUGCUGCCGAGCGCUGUACGACUUUGAGCCGGAGAACGAAGGCGAACUUGGUUUCAAAGAAGGCGACGUGAUCACCCUGACCAAUCAGAUCGACGACAACUGGUACGAGGGGAUGAUCAACGGCCAAUCGGGCUUCUUCCCCAUCAACUAUGUGGAUAUCCUGGUGCCGCUGCCCCAUUAGGACCCUUACAUCCUCCCAGUAUGAAUCCAGUAUUUACAUAAACAACAAUCCUUCUACUCCUUCUUCUUCUUCUUCUUCUUCUUCUUCUUCUUCUUCUUCUUAUUCUUCUUCUUCUUCUUCUUCUUCUUCUUCUGUGCUUUCACAAAACGGACCGAGAGGAAGAUUUUGGGCGGGAUUCGAUGCAGAAGAGAAGUAGAAACGAGGGAUUUAAAUGGACGCUCAUGAUGUCGCCGGGCAGCAGUGGAUACUAAAGAGGCUUUGCAGACUUGAGUUACGGGGUAAAUGUGCAUGUGCAUGUCUGUAUGUGAGCUGUUACCUACUCUAUAUGACCGAGAAAGCACAAAGUCCGAUAAUCUGCGACGCCGUCUUCUUCUUGCUGUCUUUCCUACCUUGACUUGCCUUCCUGUGAUUGUCUUAAGCAUCUUUCAGGGUCUUCCCCACCUUCUAUCGCUCUCUUUCCCUUCCUUUGGCUAGCCUCUCAGCAUGGCUCCAUAAUGUAUACAGCUUUUUGCUUUUUGACUAUAUCUCUUGAUCCUGCCUUUUCUUAGAGUGUCCGCUCAAUGGCUGAACGCAUGAACCUGCCGAAUCAGUGAUCGGACGCCCUGGAUUUACUACAAAAUCUGUGCUAGCAUGGCUAAUGCUAAUGUCCCAGAUGUGGCUAACCGGCUAGCCUUUCACUUCACAUUCCAGUACUUUUAGUGUUGAGCAGAAUACUUUAAAGUAAACGUUUUUAUCGCCUGAAAACUGAAUAUGUUCAAAUACAAAGAAACUUUAUGUAUCCAGAAUUAAUUUGGGCUAAUUUCCGGACUUUACGGGCGCGGACUAAACCAAAAUCUCACUAAUAUUUACUAACUAUGAUUUUUUUUUUAAAGAUAUACAACUUAAACAUGUUAUUUCCAUUCCCUGAUUUGAUAUGUUUGGAUGUGUUUACCUUGCCGCUGUAUGACGGACACCAGAAACAAGACUUUUCAGUUGUUUUUAACGUAUAGCUAUGAGAUUUUGGGGUUUUCUUUGGAAUAAAGCCGUAUCUGCAAUAAGUAGAUCUUUACAGAAAGACGAUCGGUCGUUGAUUGAUCUUUUAAUAUAUUUAAUAUGUUUUAAGGGUCGACAAACAGCUUGUGAUUUCCCACUCGGGUUUGGGGAACAGAUCAAUUGUGGGUUUUCAGAGGAUAAAUGCUUGUUUUUCUAUCUUUGCAAUACUCUGAGUUACCCAUCCACAGUGUUGUGUGUUCUGUGUCGAGUAAAGGUUUGUUAACUCGUCUUAUUCGUGGCUUUUGCAUGCAGGACUCAGUGGUAGCCGUUCUGAAAUCCCUGUUUUAAGUCGUAUAUAUCUAGAACUACGAUCAGAACAUUCUGGUCUUUCCACAGUUUUGGUGCAGACUUCUCAACUUUCAGAGAUGGAUCCCGAUGAGAAUGACGGUUGUGGAAACUGAACCAUAGUUUAUUUCUAGGCCUUAAGACCUUUUAUUUAAAUGGUUGAAACUUUGGACCAAUGAUGUAACCGUACAGAACAUUUGGAGAGGUAAUGUUCAGAACUGCAGAAAGGAAAAACAACCCAACAAACGAAAGGCCAGGGAAUCACACAAGGGGACAAGAGACCACACUUUAACCAAAAUGACCAAACUCGGUUUUGCUACGUCGACUUCAUUGGCAUUUUCCUGAGAGGUUAGGAAAGAGGAUGGGGAAAUAAGCACACAUGAAGAUCAAGAUAAUACAGAAUCUGUUGCUGCUUGUAGUGCCGUAAGAUUAUUAGAGCAGCAACGAAAUGUACAUUCAUUGAUUUCCAUUACUUCAAUAUGUGAUAGGAGGCUAUCAGCUGAAUUGACACCUCGCUGUCAAGAAUAGUAAGACGCAGAUCAUGUAUGAGUGAACGUCAUGUACGGUUCUUUACUGCGUUAAAAAGAUUUGCAUUGUUACAUUUUUAAACAAACCAGAUCGAAUAUAUACAAUCUAUCAAAAACACUAACUUUGUUUUGGUCUUUUCGGUGUGAAGAGGCCUUUAAAAGUCUCUCAAACGUUCUAGAAACUGUCUGCGUCUCUAAGGAAAUGAUAACCGUCCUAUUGUUGAUCAGUUUUAACGAUAGUAAUAGCUUUAACUGGAGCCGCAGGAACAUACUAGAACUUUGGUGACAUUGUUGCCGACGGAAUUAUCCAGAAACGUUGUUUUAUUUAAUUCCGGUAUCUCCGUAUCGUCCAAUAAGAUUCAAGAGAACGGUUUGAACAUUCUAGAACCUUGGCGGUAUUUUGAACCAUAACAGGAACGUGUUUCAUUCCGGAAUCUUCGUAUCGACCAAUAAGAUUUAAAGGGGACCUAUCAUGCAAAAUGCACUUUUGUACGUCUUUUCUACAUGAAUAUGUGUCCCCGGUGUUCCAGGGAACUCACCAAGUGUCAGAAAACACAACCCUCUCUAUUUUCCUCCAUACCCAAAUCUCUAAAAAAGGGGCUGCAACGGAUCUGAUAAAAACUGAUCCAGAUUUGAACACUGUCCUGACGUCAGGACGGUGGCGCUACGGCUAUUGGGCCAACUCCACCAAUCAGGAGGAGACAGCCACGGCCAUUGCCGUUCGAAAGCGCUGGAGACGCUGUAGUACAUAUGCCAGGCCUCUAGAUGGUGCUGUUCUCACAGAAUCAGCCCUUGCAAAAACAGGGGUAAAAAAUGUCAAAUUGAGCAAAAUGAGGCAUGGCUAAAAUGCAUGAUCUGUUUGGUAUUUUGAAAAAAAAAAAGUAUAAAUAUGCCUUAUAUAGGUAUGGUCCUACACUAUAUUAUUAUAAUAUAGCAUGAUAGGUCCACAGGAAGGAAACAUUCUAGAACGUUGGCGGCACUUUGAACUAUAUAACAGGAACGUUUCUGGAGGGUUUUUAAUGUAUUCAAGUUUAAUCAGAACAUCAAGAAGUAACCCUUAAGGUUGCCUGAUGGCGUAUAAAAUCACAUCUUAAUGUUCUGCAGAGUUCCUGUUCUGUCAGUUAGCGGUCAGUGUUGGUGAUACCAGUUCUUUAUGGAUUUGAUCACUUACAAUCGCUCUAAAGUGGGACUUUUACGAUGGCUAUAACUGUUCCUCCAUCAUAGUGUGUUCAUACAUCAAAUGUGUUCCUAUAAGGCAGUAUUGAACAGUCUACUCUAACUAAGAACUUAUAAAAGAGGUUAUUUAUUGUUAAAAGCUCUUGGAUUUUGGAAACUAGAUCGAUAGUUUUAAGGGACAUGUAAACCAUCAGUAUGUUUACAUAGAAUUAGACGGAUGAGUCCAUUUGUGUCAGUUAUAGGGGUGUAAAGGAAUUGUUGAAGCAUUAUUAAAAUGGUCUGUCCUCUUGUGUUGUUGGUCUGUUCAAACUACAAAUGAAGACUGAAGAACUUAGUAAUAUUUACACCAGUUGUUGGAAUGGGUGUCAGUUUGGUGCUGCGUUAAUAUCGACUCCAUUGUACAUUACACACUGAAUUGUGUCAAAGAUCGGACUAUGAUUAACAUUUCUAAAACUUCUCGGAUAUUAUAUUGAAUAUUUAACAUGUCGUCCAUAUUAGUAAAUAAAAAAAGCUUAGGGUUUUUUCUAUCCAGGCAAUAUUUAUUACGCCUGAGUUUAUAACAAAAAUCUAUGCUAGCAUGGCUAAUGCUAAUGUAACAGAUGUGGCUAACCGGCUAGCCUUUCACUUCACAUUCCAGUACUUGUAGUGUUGAGCAGAAUACUUAAAAGUAAACAUAUUUUUAUCGCCUGAAAACUGAAUAUGUUUAAACUCAAAGAAACGUUAUGUAUCCAGAAUUAAUUUGGGUUUAAAGGAUCAAAUAAAUGCUAAUUUCCGGACUUUACGGGCGCGGACUAAACCAAAAUCUAACUAGGAACAUUUUUUAAAGAUAAUACUUAAACAUGUUUCUCCCAUUCCCUGAUUUAUAUUUGUGGAUGUUUUUACCUUCUGAUGGACACCAGAAACCAGACUUUUCUGUCGUUGUUAAUGUAUAGCUAUGAGGUAUUUCAGAGUUUAAACAGUACCUUUUUGGUGUUUCAAAACGUACAAUAACUUCUAUUAGAGUAGGGGUAUCUAUUGCACUCUGAACGUGUAUUUUGAAUACCUAACGAGUCGAGACAUGUUACCCCACAGCGAUUAAAUGAGUCCUUUGUCAUUCUUAGUUGACAAUAGUUUACAAAAGGAUAUUUUAUAACAGGAGGAUUGGAACUUGAGAUCUUGACACAAAUAUAAAUACUAUUGAAACAUACGAUCUGUCUUCAGUCAAAUACACAUCGAGUACCAAGGCAAUAAAUGAGGAUCUAACAAUAACAAGGAAGAGAUAAGAUAAUAACAACGUGGACAUUUCUAAAGCACAAACUAACUUUACAAUCUAUCUUUCUGCCAUAUCCUGCUUUUCUGGUUGUAAAAGUUGAGUUUUUUUUGUGUUUUAUUUGUCUUUGUUUCCGUCUGAAACCUGUUUUCUGAGUCCGCCUGUGGAUCGUCUGUGAGCUGCAUGCGACUGUGUACUUCUGCUGAAGAUGGUUUUCCAUAAGAUCAAUCGGGGAGAUGUGUGUCAUGCUGGAUGUUAACGGAUGUUUACUCUUUAUUUUCUAUCGUUCAGCUAUUUAUUUUAUAUGCUAUAGUUGUAUAGCACUCUUCUCCAAAUGACAACGUGCUUUAAAACUUGGAUUUUCUUGAAUAUUUUUAUUUAUUUGUGUAAACAGAAUUGUUUUGCUGCUCUUUUUACUCGUUUUAUUUGGUUUUUUUUCCCCGUCAUGCUGAUUUGCCCUCUAUGGCGACGUGUAUUCUAACCUCAAUGAGGGACUUGUACAGUGUUACUUAAGUUAUUCCCCCUUUUCACCUUAAAGAGACUGCCUCACUUCAAAUUCAGUCUCUAAAACUGACAGACUAAAGAGGCAAUUGUACAGCCUGUCCUCGAAUGCAUCACAGCUCCAAAGUAAUAUCUCUUAAACUGGGAAAGUCAUGGACCAAAAUGUUCGCCCGUUUUCCGAGUGGUUCGGACUUUAGGGGCAUUAACUGGAGUUUUCUGACCAAUUUUCUAAUGUUAUCAGCCUAUUAAAUGAGCAUUAUGAUUGGUUAUCAGUCUAAUAAAAGUCAUAUGGUGCCUGCUUUACAAACUACUAUGCUAUACAAUCAAUUUACAGCUGCUACGAUGUCAAAGUGAAGCUUAGAAUAACCUGUUUUAACAAGAAAAAUCGAAUGAUUUGUUACGUCAAGGCAACAAACGUACAACUUCUUAAUGUAUAGCCGAGAAAACGAAUCUUCUUUAGGUUUCGGUGGGCAACCGAUCUUGAACUUUCUUAGGAAACCAAACUAAUACUUCUUUAGAUUUUAGGCCCAAAAACCACAACCUUUUUUGGGUUUAAAAUGUCAACUUCUUUUAGUAUAGCCGAGAAAAUGAUGCUCUUUAGGUUUAGAUAAGCAAUACAUAUUGAACCUUUUAAGGAAACAAACUGCAACUAUUUUUAGUUUUAUGCACAAAACUCCAACGUUUUUGAUUUGGGCGACAAAACUACGUCUUCUUUUGGAAACAAAACUAUCUAAAUGACUACAACUUCUUUAGGUUAGGGCGAAAAAGAAAACUUGUUGAGGAAAGAAUGAUGAUUUGGAUUACAAUCAUUACGUGUGUUAAGUAAACUGAACAUUGUAAACACAAACAAAACAACAAUUCGUCUGUUUGACACGGGAAUCUAGGAUCUAUGUAAAAAAAAUCUAUCAUACAACUGUCUAAUUGGUUUAGCCGGUUGAUAACGCCUUUUUUAAUAGGCUGAUAACAUCGGUUCCAGUCUGGAAUUAAGCUUUCCGAUUAUUCCGACCCCACCUUAAUGCACCGCAGAUAAAACGUGUCCUUGGUCUGCGUUUAACUGUUUGCCUUGUGGCUUUUAAAUUAGCCCUUUCAGCCUCUAUGGUGUCUUCUGGUGAGCUACGUGUGUGUGUGUGAUGAUACACACCGUGUUGCUGUUUAUUUAUGUAUUGUAUGUAUGUAUUUAUUUAUUCCUAUGUCCUGUCUGUUGACGGUUGUUAAUACAUUAGUGUGAGACAUGGAGGAGGGUUUUUAGGGUUAUAUAUUGGGGGGUGGUUCAUGGAAAAAGCUAGCUGUGAUACUAACUAAGUGUUGCUCUCCUCAUAUUGGAUGCUGAUAUAAUCUAAGACCACUGUAUAUAUAACUGCUUGUCGUGAAGAUGAUCUACGAUGUUAUGACAAUAAAGAAUUAACACUAUGGUUAAAA